CCAUCAUGUUCCGUUUUGUUUCCUCCCACAACCAUAGUAAUUUUAGUUCAUCCUAGAAAGACAUAUCCCUCCAACUUAUCCAACCUCAUAAUCUUUGAUCCUAUGGCUAUGACCUUUUUUCUACACCUGUUACUUCAAUUUUUCAGGGUAUCUCGCCUUCUCUGGUUCCAAGUAAUCAAGAGAUCACUAGUGCUUUUCCAUAACAUCUAUGACUAUGAAGAAGGUGGUCGACGUCCAUCACCAAGUCUGGUGCCAGUGCCAUACAUGAGGGGCAGCUGUGUCGUGCCUAACUUCAUAAAGCAGAAGCUUCCAGUGAUGGAGUUCAGGAGAUAUUCAGGAUUCCGAGGAGAUGGACAUCAGGCGGAUGCUGUUUGUGCCAUAUGCUUAGGUUGCAUUAAUGGAAGUGAAGAAAUCAGGGAGCUUGGGAAUUGUAAUCACGUGUACCAUAGGGAGUGCCUGGAUAAGUGGAUGGACCAAGGGAAUGGGACAUGUCCCUUGUGCAGGCUUGAGCUGCUGCCUGCUGAUCUCAAUGAAGGGCAAGAUUUAAAAGAUCCAUGGAGAAUGGAGAGAAUGGCUUAUCUCUUCGGAGAGGAUUGUUUGUUCCACACAUUUUGAUGAUUAUACUCAGAAAAUUUCCUUCUUUCUUUCUUCUUCUUCGUCGUUUUUUAGCAUUAAUCAUGUUCUGUUUUUUAGGAUAACAAUGUUCUCUGUUAUGGAAAUUAAGCCAAAAAAGGAUGAAUAAUGAGAAAUUUUAUAU